AUGGAAGACAUAGGAGAGAACCAGACCAAUCCUAGUGAAUUCAUCCUCGUAGGGUUUUCAGACCUAGCUGAACUGCAAAUCUUGCUGUUUUUCAUUUUUCUGGCAACAUACAUGAUCACCUUAGUUGGGAACCUGCUAAUAAUUCUGCUUGUAAAACUCAACCCUUCCCUUCAGACGCCAAUGUAUUUCUUCCUGGUGAACCUAUCCUUCUUAGAAAUGUGUUACACCACAAGUGUGGUGCCCCAGAUGCUGGUACAUUUGUUAACAGAGCAUAAAAGCAUUUCUAAAGCUGGAUGUGCGGCCCAGAUGUAUGUCUUCACCAUCCUGGGGCUGACAGAAUGCUGCCUUCUAGCAGCUAUGGCAUAUGAUCGCUAUGUUGCCAUAUCUCAUCCUUUGCAUUACACAGUCAUCAUGAACCACCAAGUAUGUGCACAGCUGGCAGCCGCAUCAUGGAUUAUUGGCAUUUCAGUGGAAGUUGCUCAAACAACAUGGAUCUUCAGCUUACCCUUCUGUGGUUCUAAACACAUCCAGCACUUUUUCUGCGAUAUCCCACCACUGGUGAAAAUGGCAUGCACAGACACCACUAAAAAUGAAAUUGUUGUCAUGACAGUGUCUGUCCUUUUCAUAAUGAGUCCAUUCCUGCUUAUCAUUCUCUCCUAUAUCCGUAUAAUUUCAACCAUUCUCAGACUUCCUUCUGCAGAGGGAAGGAGGAAAGCCUUUUCCACUUGCUCCUCACACAUCACUGUAGUUACAUUAUUCUAUGGGACAGCCCUUUUUGCCUACUUAAGGCCCAAGUCCAGCUACACUCCGGAGAGUGACAAAAUGAUUUCUCUUAUGUACACUGUUGUGACACCUGCUUUAAACCCCAUAAUAUAUACCUUAAGAAAUAAAGAAGUGAAAGGAGCAUUUAAGAAGACAGUUACAAUAAUUUUCUCUGCACAAGACUCAACUAAUCGAACAUUUGAGUAA